AUGAGGUGCCUCAUGGUGGUUCUUGCAGUCCUUACACUCUGCCAAGGCAAUCAGAUCACCAGGAUACCUCUGCACAAAGGGAAGUCUCUGCGACAAAGCUUGAAGGAGAAUGGGCUCCUGGAUGACUUUUUGAGGAAAAACCAGUAUGCAGUCAGCAGGAAGUACUCCAACUCUGGCCAUGUGGCCAGUGAGCCCCUGACCAACUACCUGGAUUGUCAGUACUUUGGAAAGAUCUACAUUGGGACCCCACCCCAGGAGUUCACCGUGGUGUUUGAUACAGGCUCCUCGGACUUCUGGGUGCCCUCUGUCUACUGCAACAGUGAUGCCUGCCAAAACCACCACCGCUUUAACCCGUCCAAGUCCUCCACCUUCCAGAACAUGGGCCAGCCCCUGACCAUCCAGUAUGGAACAGGCAGCAUGCAGGGCUUUCUGGGCUAUGACACCGUCACCGUCUCUGACAUUGUGGACUCCCAUCAGAGUGUGGGCCUGAGCACCCUGGAACCUGGCUAUAUCUUCACCUACUCCGAGUUUGAUGGGGUCCUGGGGCUGGCCUAUCCCUCUCUUGCCUCUGAAUACUCAGUGCCUGUGUUUGACAACAUGAUGCAAAGGCACCUGGUGGCCCAGGACCUGUUCUCCGUUUACAUGAACAGGAAUGAGCAGGGGAGCAUGCUCACAUUGGGAGCCACUGACUCGUCUUAUUACACAGGCUCCCUGCACUGGGUGCCUGUGACUGUGCAAAAGUACUGGCAGUUCACUGUGGACAGUAUCACCGUUGAUGGUGUGGUGGUAGCCUGUGAUGGUGGCUGUCAGGCCAUCCUGGACACAGGCACUUCCUUGCUGACUGGGCCAGGCAGUGACAUCCUAAACAUCCAGAAGGUCAUUGGAGCCACACAGGGCCAGUAUGGCCAGUUUGAUAUUGACUGCAGGAGGCUGAGCAGCAUGCCCACGGUUGUCUUUGAGAUCCAUGGCAGACAGUAUCCACUGCCACCCUCUGCCUACACCAACCAGGAGCAGGGCUCCUGUACCAGUGGCUUCCAGGGUGACAAUGACUCCCAGCUGUGGAUCCUGGGGGACGUCUUUAUCCGGGAGUAUUACAGCGUUUUUGACAGGGCCAACAACCGUGUGGGACUGGCGAAGUCUGUCUGA